UAGUAAUUAUAAUACGUAGGUCAGCUCUUUAGGAUUCUGCUUUACUUUCGAACAACUAGUGCUAAUGGCUUAACGAAUGAGCGUAACUGGGCGUGUUGCAGUCUUUUCGUGUAUCAGCAGACGUCCAUGGCGUUUGCAGGAACUGGUUAACCUAGUGAAUUGGUUAACCUAGUGAAUCGGACAUGUAUAUAGAUACUGAAUAUUAAAAAUAUUGACGUCACACAAAUCACCGCUUUUUUGCGCUAUAGUAUACCAGUGUUACGAAUAGACAAAUAAGCUAAGAGACACGGUGAUAGUAUGGCGCAUUUCAUAUGUUUUAAGUCAAAGAGCUAUUUUUAAAUAUGCCACUCGAUGACAGCGGCUAUUUGCAUCAAUGCGUUGAAUGAGAACAACGAAGGUUUAUCUGCCCCAUCAGGAAAUAAGAAAGCUUUGCUCGAAGCGAAUGGAGUGAACGAUCAACGCACAAAAUUCUGUCUUUACUGGAGGGUUUCAAGGCAUAUGAGAUGCGAUAUAACAUGCAGACGCUAGUUUACUCGUGUUAUAAAAGGCUAAUUGUUGUUGCAUUUGUCAAGAAAUAUCUAGAAAACAAAUUCGACUGACAAUUCCAACGGCUCUUUGGCCUUCGGUGUAUACCCCGCUACUGCCAAACAUUUCGCAGAUUCAAGAGGUUGCUGUUGAACCCGUGCGAACUCCAACUCCGCCACCUGCAACAUCGCCGUCAGCUCCGACUUCAGCUCCGGCACAGACGAGGAUUAUACAGCCGCCCGUACGAACACAAUACAUUAUUCAAGGAAACACUGUCACUCACCAAAUGCCUCAACAGCACCACUUACAACAGAAAGCCCAACAGCAGCAGCACCAACAGCAACAACAACAACAACAGCAACAGCAACAGCAACAACAACAACAGCCGCAGCAACAACAACAACAACAACAGCAGCAGCAGCAGCAGCAGCUACAGCAGAUUCAAAUUCAUCAUCAACCACAACAUAUCCAACACCAACAACUCCAGCAGCAGCCACAACAACUGCAGCAGCAGCAGCAACAUCAUCAUCAUCAUGUACAUGUACAGCAGCCUCAGAUAGUUCACGUACCGCAGAGGACUUCGCACGUUGAAACAAUAUCGACUCCGACAAGCACGUCGAUACGACCCAUUCGAGUGCAACAGCUUGUAACUAGUACUCCCACGCCAUUAACGACGACAACUACGACGCCAAUCACAAGCUCUCACAUACAAGUGAGUCCGCAGGUGACGACGGCGCAGGUGUCGACCGUCAACAAGCCGGCAGCCAGGAACCGCGUCAUGUUUGAAGAUGAAAAUGGUAUUCUUUAUGAAUACGAGGAAGGCGUGCUGGAAGAAGGAGCAGAUCUGCGCACGAUAUCCGAACCUGCAGGAGAUAUAACAAUUCCUCAUCCUGGAACGAUGCACAUUGUUGUCGAUCCAGAAACAGGCCAGGAGUACGCUGUCGAAUACCAAACAGAUUCUGAAGCAUUGGCUACGUCAGGCCAUUACGAGGAAACACCCGGGACCAGUGGCAAACAAUAUGAUAUUCAGAUGGUUGAAGAUAUAAGCGGGGUUCAUGAAGGAGGAGUGGUUGUUUACGAAGAGAGUGGGGAAGUCAUUGAUUGUAAUGAAGGUGGCGAAGCCGCUGUCGUCGAAUGGGCUGAAGAGGAAGUGGCUGAACAAGAAGUGUCGACGAAUUUUUCACCGUUCGACGGGAAGAUCGUUUACCAUGCAGCACCCGCCGCCGAAGCUAGUCCCAAAGUCGUCCGGGCCAAAAGUUCGGGUGGACGGUCUGGUCGCAACCUCCGGCUGACGAUUAAUCAAAUUCAUGACGAGCAAAUGCAAGCAGUGAGUGCUUUAGUGGACUCUGAAACUGCACAAAAUACCAAGAUGCACAAUGGGAGAGUGAUUCCAGGCUGGGAGCGUCAGAUGGCGCUUAGCUGCCUCAAAGCGCUCAGCGAAAGGACCGAACCGGAUUUCGUGUUGCAGUGCAAGAUUUGCAACAACAACAAGACAUUUACCGCAGCUGCAACCCUGAUCUCGCAUUAUCGGAGUCACGCCGGCAUUAAGCCAUUCACGUGCAGCACGUGUAAUGCCACAUUCACCCGACAACAUUCGCUUAAGUAUCACAUGCUGAUCCACAACAACGCCUCUCGGUUCACGUGUCAGGAAUGCAAUCGACAGUUCCGGCAUCCAUCUCACUUCAAAGAGCACCUCCGCAGACACACGGGUGAAACACCUUUCGAAUGCGUGGACUGCGAGCAACGUUUUAAAACUCGCAAUACAUACAAGAGGCACCUGAAAACGCGUCAUAACAAGCUCCUAAGUAAGGAGGGUAUUGCGGAAUUGGCGUUGGAGUAUGCAGACGGCGAGGAAGUUAGCGAGAUGGUCGUGAUUGAGGAAGGUUACGAAGAAGAAAUAGCUUAGGGGUAUGAGAAGUUGUACCUACUACGUGUGGUUUUCGAAUGAGUGUACGCAUAUAGACAGUUUGAUGGACUAGGUAGUACGAUACAUGGUGCAUUAUAUUAUGGGCAGACGCUUUGGAUUGAUUAUCGAAGCAGAACUUGGCAAGUGUCAAUUACUUGUUGCAACGGUAGAAGAAUGGGGCUAAUUGAACUCAUUGAUCAACAGAUUUUUUGUCUAUGAUAAUUACAAUAAUUAGCAAAAAAGCCCUACGGGAAUGUCUGUAAUGAAAUAAGCUUGCGGGUGAAAAUAGUAUGUUGAAAGAGACAUUGGGGCUCCUUCAUAAAAUGUAGUUGGGUAAAUGGCUUUAUUAUUAUUAUUGUAGGUAGCUGUAGCAAUAACAAUAUUAUUACCACUGCUUUUUUCUGAAAUGCUGAAAGACAACCCGUAAAAGAAAGUAAAGUGGCUGAUUAAUCAAUGGAAUUGUGUGAGUUGGUUAGAUCAGGUGAUAAAUGUGCAUAGGGGAGCUGGGGUUUUCUGUGCAGAGGAAGCUGUAUACACGCCGUUCCGUAAUGUUAACUGGCUAGCCGCCACUAUAUUGUAAAUAAACA